GGGGCGCGUCCGAAAGGCCCGUCCUGUCCCGGGGCGGCGGGAGGGCGAAAGGCGGUAGAGACUGCGCUUGGCAGCGACCACUUAGAGUAGUACGGGGGCGGGGAGGGCGGCAGAAAUCAGUCCUCUGGUUAGUUCCCCGCGUGGGACCACGUGAUUGGAGAGGUCCCGCCCUCCUCCGCCGGAACCAGGUGUUCGAAUCCCGUCUCCAGAACUAGCGGCAUUUCAGUCCUGCCGGCGUGAGGGCUGGGGCUCACGCCUCGGGGCUCAUGGCAGCGCCGGUCCGCCUGGGCCGGAAACGACCGAUGCCCGUUUGCGCCAACCCGCUCUUCGUACGCUGGCUGACCGAGUGGCGGGACGAGGCAGCCAGCAGAGGGCGCCGCACGCAAUUCGUGUUUCAGAAGGCACUGCGCUCCCUACGGCGGUACCCACUGCCCCUGCACAGCGGCAAGGAAGCUAAGAUCCUACAGCACUUCGGAGACGGGCUCUGCCGGAUGCUAGACCGGCGGCUGCAGCAGCACAAAGCAUCAGGUGGUGACCAUGCCCCAUGUUCACCACCUGGAGCGAAGAGUCCAGCCCGGGAAAGGCCUGCCAAAGUCCAGGAUCCUUACAUGCCAGGUCCAACCCAGCUCAAAGCAGGAGACUCUGGCAAGUAUUGGCCAGCUCGGCACUCGGGAGCUCGAGCAGUACUGCUGCUGCUGUACCGGGAACACCUGAAUCCUAGCAGUCACGGCUUCCUAACCAAGGAGGAGCUGCUGCAGAGGUGUGCCCAGAAGGCUCCAAGGGUGGCCCCUGGAAGUGCUCGGCCCUGGCCAGCCCUCCGCUCCCUCCUCCACAGGAACCUGGUCCUCAGGAUGCAGCAGCCAGCUAGGUACUCACUGACCCCAGAGGGUCUGGAGCUGGCCCAGAAGCUGGCUGAGUCGGAGGGCCUGAGCUUGCUGAAUGUGGGCAGCGGGCCAGAGGAGCCCCCUGGGGAGGAGCCUGCGGUGCCAGGAGCGGCCUCGGCUGAGCUUAGUGGCACCAGCGAAGGGAAUGUCCAGCAGCCACCGCUGGAGCUGGGGCCUGGAGAGUACAGGGUGCUGUUGUGCGUGGACGUUGGCGAGACCAAGGGGGCGGGACCCAGGCCAGAGCUGCUCCGAGAGCUGCAGCGGCUGCACGUGACCCACACGGUGCGCAAGCUGCACGUCGGGGACUUCGUGUGGGUGGCCCAAGAGACCAGUCCCAGGGACCCGGCACGACCUGGAGAACUAGUCCUGGACCACAUCGUGGAACGAAAGCGGCUGGAUGACCUGUGCAGCAGCAUCAUCGACGGCCGCUUCCGGGAGCAAAAGUUCCGGCUGAAGCGCUGCGGCCUGGGGCGUCGAGUAUACCUGGUGGAGGAGCAUGGCUCAGUGCGUAACCUCAGCCUUCCCGAGGGCACGCUGCUGCAGGCUGUCACCAACACUCAGGUCAUCGAUGGCUUCUUUGUGAAACGCACAGCAGACAUUAAGGAGUCAGCAGCCUACCUGGCCCUGUUGACAAGGGGCCUGCAGAGACUCUACCAGGGCCACACCCUCCACAGUCGCCCCUGGGGAACCCCAGGGGACCCUGAAUCAAGGGCUGGGCCCUCCGCAAACCCGCUCUGCUCACUCCUCACCUUCAACGAUUUCAACGCGGGAGCUAUCAAGAACAAGGCCCAGUCUGUGCGGGAGGUGUUUGCCAGGCAGCUGAUGCAGGUGCACAGAGUGAGCGGGGAGAAGGCGGCAGCCCUGGUAGAUCAGUACAGCACCCCUGCCAGUCAGCCAUUGCCGAAACUUAGAAACUCACACUCCCCACCCCACCCUCAAGCCUACUGGCUGCCUAUGACGCCUGUGCCACCCCGAAGGAAAAGGAAAUGCUGCUGAGCACCAUCAAGUGUGGACCACUGCAGAGGAAUCUGGGGCCCGCUCUGAGCAGGACCUUGUCACAGCUUUACUGCAGCCAUGGCCCCCUGACCUGAGCUAUGCCACAAGACAGACCCCCGCCCCCAUCUUCCCAGGCUACGCAGCCUUUUAACUGGGAUCUUUGGGCUACAAUAAAAAUCUUAAGUGUUUGCAGCUUUAUGUGUUAGGAGGAGAUGCCAGGGCCCAGGGGUCUUGUAAGAUAUCCAGGUAGGAACUGGGGAGACCAUUGGGUCCAGUUUUUAAACUGAGCUCCUCAGGACCCCUGGGGUUCCCUGGCAGGGCACUGAGACUGCCAGGGAGAUGAAGUCAGUGAGGCGUUGCAACUUUGAAUCUAGUUUAUGUCAUCAGAGUUCUCUGAUCAAAUAAAAUUUCCUUUGAGAAGAA